ACAAAACAGAAGAGAGAUUAUCAGAGUAGUUGAGCAAAUUGCUGGCAGCUCUACUGUAGAGUGGGAAUUCCAAGGUUUGGGUUCCUCAUCUGUGACACAAACCCAUCAUAGGUGCAACAUGCAUCUGGGUCACCCUAUAUCAUUCCCACGGGACUUGGGGGCAAGCAAACGAAGUGAACAUAAAGCUCAUGCUGCCUAUGACCCAUGAGCCUUGUGUUUUGCCAACAUGAAUGAAACUAUGGCAGGUGGAUCUGUUAGCUUGUUAAAGGAGUGGCAUUUCAGACCCUCCACAGUUUAUUACUGUGAGGUUUACGGCAGGAAUGCAAGGCUGGUUCAAUGUUCAGAAAUCAAUCCAUCUAAUCAACCAUAUCAAUUGCUUAAGGGAGAAAAACUACACAAUAAUAGAAAUCCAUGAAGAAAAAGCACUGGACAAAACAAAGCACCCACUCAUAAAACACACUCUCAGCAAACUAGGACGAUACAUGUCCUCACUUGAGACGAUGUAUCUACAAAAACCUACAGUUAAAUUUAUCAGCUCGGCCUGUGUCCAAGUAGACCAGAAGUGAUCUUACUGAAGAAGGGCAGGAUUUGGUGGAUGAAUUCCAGCCUCCUGGCCCCUGGUCCGUGGCGGGAGGAUUCUGAGCGGGUCUGCACACUCUCCGAGUGCCCGGGACCACAGACUCCCCAUUGCCCACGGCGGGGACCUGCUCCUUGACCCCCUUGGCCGGCUCACCUCCCUCGCUCCGUUCCCGGGAUGGCCUCACAGCUGAUCCUACCCCUCGCCUGGGGUCCGCUUCGGGGAGGAACCAAUCCCCGCACCCCCUUUCCGUCCAGGGCUCAGUGAAGAGUGAGUCUCCUCCCUCCGUGCAGCUCACUCCACGUCCACCUCUCCGUCUCCCUCGCUCCAAUGCCUUCCAGCGCGUCUGGGUCUCGCUCUUCCUCGUUUGGAGACUCCGGCAGAGCCAGACGACCCGUCACCGACAGCGCUGCGGCCAGCGGCUCAGCCCUGCAAAGGCGUCUGCCGCGGCCGUCGCUAGCUCCUCCGGGCCGCAGGGGGCGCUGUGGAGCGGGGGCAGGCUCGAGUCCCAGCGUACACCGCGUGGGGGCUGGGCCGGUGGGGUGGGCGGGGCGGGAGGCCGCGCGCCGAGGGAGGUGCCGCGGGGUCGUCCGGGCGCUCGGCCGCUCUGGGGCAGUUACCCGGCCCGCGACAGGUGCCGGGCGGGAGCGCGAAGGGCCAUGGCGGAGCCGGCUCCGGUAAGGAUGACGUUUGAUGAUGUGGCCUUAUAUUUUUCGGAGCAAGAGUGGGAGAUCCUAGAGAAGUGGCAGAAGGAAAUGUAUCAGCAAGUGAUGAAGACCAAUUAUGAGACUCUUGAUUCCCUGGGUGGCGUUUUUUCCAAGCCAGAUUUGAUUUCCUGGAUAGAACAAGGGAAAAUGCUGUUAAUCAGAGACCAGGGACCCUUGGAGAAAAACAUAACACUUAGCCCUUCUACUGAUGAGCAGUGGGACUUGCAGAAGACUGGAAAGUUGCCGUAUUUUGGUGACCAAGGAACUCUCAGGGCAAAAGAGAAGGAAGGCCAUUUAAAUGGUCUCCUAAAGCAGGGUUCAUGUGCUACCUUACCAGGGGAGGAAAGAAAGAUCUUAUCAGAUGAAAGAGCAACCUUACAGCAUCCAAGUCUCCAAGAAAUAGGGAUUGUACAUAAAAACCUUGACCUCAGAGCAUCUAAUCAGGAUAACAGCAAUCCAUGGCAUAAGCUGAUAGGUACUCCAGGUCACUUGGAAAUUCCACCAGGACCAAGAUUUUAUUCCUGCUUUGUCUGUGGGAAGGUCUUUCAGCUAAAAAGGGACUUGGUAAAGCACAAAAGAAACCACGCUAAGACUCAGCCCUGUAAAUAUUCAAAGCACAAAAACAAAUCCAGAGGGAACCCUGAACUCAGGUGGAACCGGAUGAUCCUGUGUAAGAAGAAGCGUUUCCAGUGUGGCAAGUGUGAGAAGAGCUACUAUCUCAAAUGCAGCCUGAUCACUCACCACCAGGUUGUUCACACGGGGCAGCGGCCCUUUCCCUGCCCUGAAUGUGACAAGACCUUCCAGUGUAAAGCCACAUUGAAGAAGCAUCUGUGUUUGCACAAAAGAGAGAAACCAUUUUCUUGUGAGCAGUGUGGCAAGGGUUUCACCCAGCAAUGCAAGCUCACUGAGCACCUCAGGGUGCACACUGGGGAGAAGCCUUUCCAAUGUCCAGAGUGCAACAGAGGUUUCCGCCAGCAGAGAAGUUUGAAGGCCCAUCUUUGCCAACACAAUGAGAAGAAGUCCUUCCAUUGUCCAGAAUGUGGCAGAAGCUUCUCCCGGAAGGCUGCCGUGAAGGCCCACCAGAGGAUACACAGUGGAGAGAAGCCGUUUUCUUGUGACGAAUGUGGUAGGAAAUUCACACACAAGACGAAACUCACUGAACAUAUCAGAGUUCAUACGGGAGAGAAGCCCUUCCAGUGUCCUGAGUGUAAGAAAAGUUUCCGCCUAAAGAGGAGCCUAAAAGCCCAUCUGUUUCAGCACAGUGGGAAGAAACCCUUCCAGUGUCCAGAGUGUGACAGGAGCUUCUCUUGGAAGAAUGCCAUGAAGGCCCACCAGCGUUUACAUAGUGAGGAGAAGCCAUUCUCCUGUGGGGAGUGUGGCAAGAGGUUCACCCGGCCCUCUAAGCUCACUCGCCAUAGCAGAGUCCACAACAGGCAAAAGGAAUUUUCCUGUGAUGAGUGCAAAAAGACCUUUCCUCGGCAGUCGAGGCUCACGGAGCACCUCAAGGUCCACACCAAAGAAAAGCCAUUCUCCUGUUCUGAGUGCAGCCGGAGCUUCAGCCGACACUCGCACCUCACUGAGCACAUGAGACUUCACAGUGGGGAGGAGCCUUUCCAGUGUCCUGAGUGUGACAAAAGCUUCUUCUGGAAGGCCUCCAUGAAAUUCCACCAGCGGAUACACAGGGGGGAGAAGCCCUUUGCAUGUGGCGAGUGUGGUAAGACCUAUACUCAGCAGUCUCAGCUCACUGAACAUAAGAGAAUCCACAGUGGAGAGAAACCCUUCCAGUGUCCUGAGUGCAAUAAAAGUUUCCGUCUCAAAGGAAAUUUGAAAAGCCACCUGCUCCAGCACAGUGACAAAAAGCCAUUCUCCUGUGUUAAAUGUGGCAAAAGUUUCACUCAGCAGUACAGGCUCACUGAACAUAUUCGAGUCCAUAGUGGUGAGAAGCCCUUCCAGUGUCCCGAGUGUGACAAGAGCUACUGCAUAAGGGGAAGUUUGAAGGUCCACUUGCAUACGCAUAGUGGAGAGAAGCCUUUCAGGUGCUCUGAAUGUGGCAAGGGGUUCCUCCAGAAGAGAAGUUUGAAGACCCAUCUGCACCAUCACAGAGGGGAGAGGCCUUUUUCUUGUGAUGAGUGUGGAAGGAGCUUUACGUACAUGGGGGCACUCAACACCCAUGUUGCGGUACAUGCCAGGGAAAAGCCCUUCAGUGUCUAGGCCAAGCCGUGCAGAAAGGAAGCGGCGACAGCUUUUAGGCGGAGCUAGCAGCUCUUGGAUCCAUGGCCUAAGCUGGAUAAGGAAUUCACAAAACGCUGACCUCAGAUACACUGGCCGGCUGCAUAGCAGGCAGGGUGGCGUGACGGCUCCUUCACGAAGAUUCCAAAUAAUCCAGAUGUAAAAAAAGAGGCAUCUCCCCUCUGUAAUCCCCAUGGGCAAGGCUUGCCAGUCAUGGAAGGAACAUUUUCUCUGCUUCCUAUUACCAGGCCUCCUUAUUUAAAUUUGUGUUGAGAUGUUCAGUUUUCUCAUAGUGAAUUUUCAUUUUCUCUCACGUGGUGAGAAAGCAUCUGUGUCUCGGGAGGAUUUCUCUCUAUUGCCAAAAAUAAAUGUCAUCUACCAUCUCCUUUGUUAACGAUGGCGCACAUAAGUGUCCUUUCCCUCUGGAUUAAUUUAAAUCAUCUAAAAGCCCACCAUUGCGAGUAACAAGCAAUGACUUGUAUCUAACCCCUCUGCAUUUCAAUAGUGUAUGUCAAUUCUCCAAGAAACAUACUUGCCUUAAUAUUGGGGUCUCUUAGGUAAAUACCAAAGGAAAAAAUAUUGCCAGUCCAAGACAUCACUCCAUCUUUUGUUCUGUGGCUUAAUCUAUCACUAUAAGGUGAUUUUCCAGCCUGUUCUAGCAAACCUUCAUCUGUCUCUUGGACUGUCAAUCUUUUAACAUCAUUCCUACAAAAAUGUAUAGAUUUGCUUCCUUAGGGAAUCCUUGGGGCCUAUGUAAAUUUUCCAUUUUUGUAGUACAUGGUGGUCGAGGAUUACCUGAAUCAGCUGGAUCCAAGGGCACCCUACAAAUCAGUGUUUAUACAAAAAGGAUAAGUGCCACUUCUGGUUGGUGUGUUCCAGUAGGUGCAAGCCUCUCGGUGAGUCAGUGUGCCUUUGUGCAAAGAAAAAGACACUUUCCCUAACCUGUGCCGGGGCACGUGUGGGCUGGAUGUCAACCUUCGCUGGCCUCUUCACCAGUGUACCUGAGGACAACUCUGUGCCUGCUUGGGAUACAUGUGGAAAAUGCAGGCCCUGGGGACCCUCCCCAGAUGUACUGAGUGAUGGUCUUCUCAAGUGAACUUGUUUGAAAAGUUUCAGAACCUUUGAUCUAGUGAGUGGAGAAACUGGAGGCAGGAAAGCUCUGUUUGAAAGCAUUCUAGUCAGUCAUCCUGUGCAGUUGAGGUUAGGCCUUUUCCUUUAAGCCUUUUCUCUCCUGCAUUUUGUAAUAAAGCUUCUUGUGAUAAAAUUUCAUAUGUUAUGGGUCUAUUAGCUCAGGCUGCUGUAACAAAAUGCUACAGACUAGGGGGCUUAAACCACAGAAACUUAUUUUCUUACAGUUCUGAAGGCUAAAAGUCCAAGAUCAAGGUACCAGCAGGGUUGGUAUCUGAUGAGAACUGGCUUCCUAGUCCUCAUAUGACUUUUUCUCUGGGUACAGGGUGGGGAUGGGGGAUCUCCAGUGUUUCUUCCUCUUACUAGAAGGAUACCAAUCCUAUUGGAUUAGGGCCCCAACCCUAUGACCUCAUUUAGCCUUAACUAAUUAAUAUUGGGAGAACCUGGUGAUGUGCACUAGACCUGAGCAAAGCGAAUGAGGAAGCACAGAUAUUAGGAGUGCUGUGCUUUCCUAAACGGAAAAAAAAUACCAAGAAUGGGGAGAAGCACCCCCCGCCCCCAAAAAACUAACAGCUAGCUGUAUGUGUCUGCCCAUCUCUCCCCUGAGCCACAGCUUGUGUGGUAAUGUCAUGUGUUAUCUCUUAGGUGCUGAUGACUUUCAGAUCUACAAGUUCAUAUCCAUAGUUGAGCUUCCUCCUGAGUAUUUCUGACUUCCACAGGCAUCUCAAACACAAAACGCCCAGAAUAAGACUCCUCAUCCAUAUCAUCCCUCCCUCUGCACCUCUUCCUUACACUCUCUUGUAUUCCCCCCUCUAAAGUUAUACUAACUAACCUCCAAAGCUGUAAAUCUGAUAAUGAUCCUGGGUUUUCCUACACCCAACCUGUCUCCUAAAUUCCUCCCAAACGCCCUUCUUUAUCUCUACCAUCACCACUA